GCCUUGCGCAGAUCACCCAUUCCUUUACGCUCUCCGUGCAUUUUUACCGUAACGCCCCAGCGCGGCGCCUUGCCACCGACCGCCUCUGUCUGAAUCCCGGGGCGGCGUGGCCGGAACCGCCGGCGGUCCGCGCUGCUUCGUCGGCACCGACGAACGGUCGUCGUUGUCGACGAACGGCAGACGGGGACGACGCGCGGCGGUGUGACGGUGUCGGGUGUGCCGCGGCGUACAGUGACGCGAUUUAGGCGACUCGGUCCGGAGACGGCGGAGCCAGGGAAGGAACUCCACUUCGGCGGUGCGCUGGUGCUUCAAAACAUCAGACGCCUGACAAGCGAUCAGAAAGCGGUCGAAAGGCGGACAGGAGGCAGGCGAAAGGCGGACAGGAGGCGGGAGACAGGCGGACUGAAGGCGGGUGGACUGAGGGCAGUCCGAAGGAGACAACUGACGAAGAAGCGUUGGACUCGAGUCACCGGUCAAAUGCGGCGGACUGGGUCGGUGGCAGUGAUCAGGUGGCGACGAGCGAGCCCUCGCAGGUGCUAGGGGUGCGCCGCUCAGGACCCCAGGGACAGAGUGAUGGAGGUUCAGGUAGAGGGAUGGAGGCGCUGGCUUCUCAGAUGGUUCGUCUUAUACUGCUCCGUGGCCCUUUCAAACGGGUACGUGGCGUCUGCAGCAGAAGACGAGGAUGCCGCCCCCGUCCAGCUGCCGGAUGCACCGGAGUUUGACCUGGUCCACUCGGCCAACAAGACAGCCACCGUGGGCGGGUCGGUCAUCCUCAACUGUCGCGUGCGUCACAUCGGAUCACUAACGGUAUCCUGGGCACAUGAGCUGCAGGUGCUGGCCAAUGGAAUGCACGUGUUUGCCGACCCACGCCGGUUCAAACCGCUGCACCAAAAGUACAGCGACGACUGGAGUCUGAGGAUCCGUUCGGUACGACCGUCAGACGCCGGAUUGUACCUGUGUCAAGUCGGAACAACACCGCCCAUCGCUCACUACCUCUAUCUGACCGUUAUCGAGCCCAGGGUGGAAAUCGUCGGAGGUCCCGACUUGUACAUCAACAGGGGUAGCAACGCCAACCUCACCUGCGUAAUACAUGGCGACUACAACGGGCCCAACAACGUCCGCUGGACGCACAACAACAAGCUGGUGCAGUUUGACCCGUCUCGGAGCGGAGUCCGGGUCACCACCAUUCACAAGGAGGACCGCACCAUCAGCUCGUUCAGCAUCGAGCGAGCCCUGCCCUCCGACUCGGGGGAGUACUUCUGUGACCCGGAUGGUCUUCACCAGGUCAAGGUCAUCGUGCACGUGCUCAUCGAUGACCACCCAGCAGCGAUGCAGACCAGCGGUCAGUACGGUCUGAGCCAAUCAGCCGCCGCCUCCCUGCUGCUACUGCUGAGUGGAACAGCGCUGCUGCUGGGCCGCGGCUAGUGUCUGCUGGGCCGCACAGCAGGCCACCGCUAUUGCUCAGCGCUCGACUGAUCACUGCUGGUCACCAUAGAGCCGGCGGGAUCCCAGAAGCAUCAGGUGAAAGGGGUGACCACCACCGCACCGAGUCUACAGGUGGACAUCUCAAACUCCACAACCCAAAAAUGGAGUGGAAUCACAUCUCCUGGACACGUGAGGCGUCGCUCUCGCUGAUACUCUGAUUCUCGGUGGGGUUGAGCCGCGACCGGCCGAUCGGCUCGCCGGGGCGCGGAAGGAGCCGGAGACGAAUGGUGGGAAGUGGGCGGCUAGUGGUCCGCCGCCGCCGGCAGGGGGUCGGUAAUCGCCUGGCUCGGACGGUCGGACGGCUGGCAGCGACGGAUGAGAUCCGGAGCCCCGCGGCUCUGAGGGGGUAUGUGAGGGGGGAUCGGUGUGAUGGUGUAAGUGUGACACUAUGACAGCGCCGUGUGAUGAGAUGACAGUGAAUUAUCACGCUCCUCGGAGCCGGCUGAUGACGGUGCGAUCGUCAGCGGCGCGGACGAGCGACCGCCGCACUCGAGACGGGGUCGAUACGGGACGAUCGGGAAGGCGCGGUGACCGGCUCUACAGGUCCGGUGGCGUGCGUCUCCCGUCAUGUGAGCCCGAGUGGAACUAAAUGUGACACUGUCACCACGUCCUGUACUCGGACCACAAGGCUCCGGUCUUGGACCCAUCGGACCGAUCGCGGACCCGAUCUUGGAUCCGAUCGCGGACCCGAUCUUGGAUCCGAUCUCGGAUCCGAUCUUGGAUCCGAUCUCGGACCCAGCGGCAAACGCCGGCGCGCCUCAGCGCCCAGUCUUUCAUGCCUUCACUGGCUCCGUUACCUGGCGUCUCCAGUGUUUCAGGCGCCGCUCGCUGGAUCGGGGGGCUAGUGCGGGCCCUAUGAGCGGCCUGUGUGGCGCUGUGCCGAGCGCCAGUGAGGCGCACUGCGGAAAUGUGGUGUGAUGUGUGGGAAAUGUGUUGCGAAGUGUGGCUCUGUGUAUGUAAUGUGUAUGAGUGACUGAAUUCGGCGCUGAGCUCGCGCACAUGUACAGUUUGACGUUGGACGAUGGUUUGUAUUCCAUGACUUGGUGUUGAUUCUCAGUGUUUGCCUCAGGUGGUUUUAUUUGUGUUUAUUCCUGCCAAGCCACCGACAGUCUGGUUUGUAUGAGCGCACAACGUUGGAGGCAUAAAAGGACGUAAGGUUAUUGAGUGUUUAUUGUUUGUUGUUCGCCCGCAAUACGUUCCUGACAUUAAAGAUAGAUGUUUAAUAAGCACCCGUUUAGUUUGACUAUUGCAUAUUUUAUUAAAGACCACCGAACAAAGUCUACGUAAUAUUGAACCGUCAUGAUAUGUUUUACAUUCGGUCAUAAGUAACUUCUGUAUUCACUUACCCACAUCAUUAGACGAAAUUAGGUAAGUAGACAAAAAACAGCUUCAUAAAAGCGUUUGAUGUGAUGUUUUUAUGUUGUACCUACUGGAUCGUUAUCAACAAUAAACGAAACGAACG